AUGGCUGAACCUCUCAGAGUCUUGGGCUGCUUUUUCUUUUUUUCCUUUCUCUUAUCUUCUUCCUCAAACUUCUCUCUUGCCUUAACUGAUGCUGAAGCAUCUUCUAUUGCUCGUCGCCAGCUAUUGACAUUACAUGAAAAUGGUGAACUUCCCGAUGAUUUUGAGUAUGGGGUGGAUGUGAAAGAAACCUUUGCAAACCAAAGGCUCAGGAGGGCAUAUAUUGGUCUCCAGGCCUGGAAAAAGACAAUGUACUCCGACCCGUUUAAUACAACUGGCAAUUGGGCUGGCGCCGAUGUGUGUGCUUAUAAUGGUGUGUUUUGUGCACCGGCUCUUGACGACUCUGGUCUAAGCGUUAUGGCAGGUGUUGAUCUUAACGGUGCUGAUAUUGCUGGGUACCUUCCAGCUGAAUUGGGGCUUUUGACAGACGUUGCAUUGUUCCACAUUAACUCUAACAGGUUUUGUGGAAUCAUCCCCAAGAGCUUUUCCAAGCUCACACUCAUGUACGAGUUUGAUGUCAGCAACAACCGCUUUGUUGGCGAAUUCCCUUCUGUUGUUUUAACCUUGCCAAGCCUCAAGUAUCUUGACAUCAGAUUCAAUGAUUUCGAAGGUAGUUUGCCUCCAGAACUCUUCAACAAGGACCUCGAUGCUUUGUUCUUGAAUGACAACCGGUUCACAUCCACCAUUCCGGAGACAAUAGGCAACUCCCCAGUUUCUGUAGUCACAUUUGCGAACAACAAAUUCACUGGCUGCAUUCCCCACAGCAUCGGCAAGAUGACCAACUUGAACGAGGUCAUCUUUAUGGGCAAUGAUCUUGGUGGUUGCUUCCCAGCAGAAAUUGGGCUGCUUGGUAAUGUGACAGUGUUUGAUGCCAGCCACAAUGGGUUCACAGGAAUCUUGCCGUCCAGCUUUGCAGGGCUAAAGAAGGUUGAACUCUUGGAUCUUGCAGACAACAAGCUGACAGGAUUUGUGCCUGAGAACAUUUGUAGGUUGUCAAGCUUGACGAACUUCACAUUCUCGUAUAACUACUUCAAGGGGGAGGCUCAAGCUUGCGUGCCUCCAUCAAGGAAGGACACCGUGUUGGAUGAUACCAGCAAUUGCCUGUCUGACAGGCCAAAGCAGAAGUCGGCCAGGACAUGUUACCCAGUGGUGAGCCGACCUGUGGAUUGCAGCAAGGACAAGUGUUCUGGAGGAGGAGGUUCUUCAAACCCCCAUCCAAAACCACAACCCACACCACCUACUCCAGAACAUAAACAAACCCCAUCUCCACCUAAAUCUACUUCUACUCCAACACCAUCAUCACCAAUCCCUGCCCCUCAAACACCAGAAUUACCAAAACCAGAACCUAAGUUACCGCUGGCUCCAGUUGAACCAAUUAGUCCAUCAACACCAGUGGUAUCCUUACCACCAUCUUUAUCAAUUAGUCCAUCUACCCCAUCAUCUGACCCAUACAAUCCAGGACCUGGUGGGCAUGGUGAGACACCGUCAUCACCGGAGUCUGCACCAUCACCCGAUCCAUUCAAUAAUUCACCAAAUGGGCACAACGAGACACCACAAUCACCGGAAUCUGCACCAUCACCCGAUCCAUUCAAUAAUUCACCAGACGGGCAUAUUGUUAUACCACCAUCAUCCUCAUUUAGUCCAUCAACUUCAGAGAAACCCAUGCCUCCAUCACCUAAUUCUACACCAUCACCUAAUUCAUAUAACCUAGAACUUGGUGGGCAUGAUGGAACACCACCAUCACUAAUGCCUUCAAUAAAGCCCGAGACACCAGAACCAUCACCACAACUAGAAAUACCAAUGGUAAAUCAUCAUUCUCCUUUACCUUUGGUUCACUCACCUCUACUACAACAAAAAACACCAAUUGUAAAUCAUCACUCUCCUCAACUUCCAGUUCACUCAUCUCCACCAUCAUCACAAUCCCUAUCCCCUAUAGUCCAUUCACUUCCACCACCAUCAAUUCAUUUCCCACCACCUCUUGUGCAUUCACCACCACCACCUAUUUAUUCCCUUCCACCACCAGUUUACUCUCCCCCUCUGCCAGUACGUUCACCGCCACCACCAGCACCACCAGUACAAUCAUCCCCACCACCAUUGCACUCUCCCCCACCACCUGUACACUCACCCCCUCCACCACCAGUUUACUCUCCCCCACCACCUGUGCAUUCACCUCCUCUACCACCAGUUUACUCUCCCCCUCCGCUAGUACAUUCACCGCCACCACCAGUGCACUCUCCCCCACCACCUGUAUACUCACCCCCUCUACCACCAGUUUACUCUCCCCCUCCACCAGUACAUUCACUGCCACCACCAGUGCACUCUCCCCCACCACCACCUAUACACUCACCCCCUCCACCACCUAUGCACUCACCCCCGCCACCCGUGCAAUCUCUCCCUCCACCACCUGUAAACUCACCCCCGCCACCCGUGCACUCCCUAACACCACCAGUUCAUUCUCCUACAUCACCCGUGCACUCCCAUCCACCACCUGUAAACUCACCCCCGCUACCUGCGCAGUCUCUCCCACCACCACCACUUCACUCUCUACCACCACCAAUUAGAUCACCUCCACCUCCAGUUUUCUCUCCACCACCAGUAAUUGUAUCUCCUCCUCCACCUCCCCCGGAAGAAGACUUCGUCCUUCCACCAAACCUCGGAUUCCAAUAUGCAUCACCACCUCCACCAACGUUCCCAGGCUACUAA